AUGUUUUCUUAUUCUUUCCUGCUUUUGUUGUGCAAAGUGGAUAACUAGUUGAAUCAUGACCUUCAGACACAGAGUAUUUGCCGAAUAAUUGCAUAUCGAUAAAAAGAAACACAAACGACCUUAUUUCAUUCCGGAAAAUGGAAACGGCAGCAUUAAUUUUCAUCACUGCUCUGAUUGCAUUUGUGGCAUUAUUUUUGUCAUGGAAAAAAAAGGGACAAAAUCUUCCGCCUGGACCAAUAGGAUUGCCAUUUGUUGGAUAUAUUCCAUUCCUAACAAACAAACCCUAUGUUAAGUUACAAGAGCUUGCGAAAAUAUACGGGCCUGUUUACAGAAUUCAGAUGGGUAGUAAACCUGUGGUGGUCCUGUGCGAUUUUCAGACAAUAAAGAAUGCUUUUGCAAAUGAUGAUUUCAUGGGAAGACCUCCUGACUUCUUUAAUGAUCUCAGUGAAGAUACCUUACGCACUGGAGCAUUUCUGGACCUACCGUGGAAAGAACAAAGAAGAUUUUGUUUGCACAUGCUUCGAGAUCUUGGUUUCGGUAAAACGCGCAUGGAGGAACUCUUGAAAGAAGAAAUCUUGGAAUUUCUCCAGUGUAUAGAAGACUACCAUGGAUCUCCUGUUAAACUUGCAGAGUUGCUAACGUCUAGUACUUCAAAUAACAUUGCAGCCCUCAUAUUUGGCAGAGUACUUAAGCUUAGCGAUCCGAAGAGGCAAAAAUUGGACAACGAAUUGAACGAAGUUGGUCGUAUUGCAGGAGCGUUAUUUUGGCAGAUCUUCUUUCCCUGGAUUGCUGCCGUUAUGACAUUCUUUAACCUUGGCGAUAAAGGAAAACUCUCAAGAGCUUUAGCUGAAGUGAAGAAAUAUUGUAGGGAAGAAAUGGAAGACCACGAAAAGACUUUGGAUCCAAAUAACAUACGCGAUUUUGUGGACGGAUAUUUACUAGAGAUUAAGAAGAAAGCCGAUGAGCCUAAUACCACAUUUAAAAGAGGUGUCUUACCCGACAUCGCAAGAGGAUUCUUUGGCGCUGGAAGUGAAACAGUGCGUUUGUCAGUGGAAUGGACAAUGUUAGUUUGCGCUGCUUUUCCAGAAGUGCAGAUGAAAAUCCAACAGGAAAUCGAUGAUGUCAUUGGACAAGAACGAUUUCCAACUAGAACAGAUCACCUACAGAUGCCCUACACAGAAGCUGUCAUUCUAGAGCUAGGUAGAUGGAAAACAAUUUUGCCUCUGAAUAUAAUGAGACGCACACUGAAAGACACUGAACUGAAUGGAUAUUUCAUUCCAAAGAAUACUCAUAUUCUGGCAGUCAUUUGGGCAGUACACCAUGACAAGAAACUCUGGGGAAAUGAUACUGAUGUCUUUCGUCCUGAAAGAUUUUUGAGUGAAGAUGGAAAGAAAGUUAUAAAACCUGAAUAUUACAUUCCUUUUUCUAUCGGAAAACGAGCCUGUCCUGGGAAAUCAUUUGCAGAAGUGGAGGUAUUCUUAUACGUCACAGCAUUACUGCAAAAAUUCAAUGUCUCCAUGCCACCGGGAACCAGACCAGAUCUGGAAGGUAUCCUAGGAAUAGGUCUUCAACCAAAACGACUAGAAUUAAUUUUAAAGCUAAGAAAACGAUGAUACUUGUGCCAGGAAAUUUCUUUAACUCAGUUAAUUGAAAGAGUAUAAAAACUUGAUUUCAAGAAGAACAAGAAUCUAAUAAUUGGAACAUGUAAAAGGCAUAUGCAGCAUGCCUACCAAUGGAGAUUUGAAGGAAACAAUUUUUGUGACUUGCUUUUUUUUUCGUACGUAUUUUUUGUGUCUAAUGUUACACAUAAUAUCUUAGUAUACUCAUACAGCUUUCGGAUGUGUUCACGGGAAUCAGACUGUUAAAAGUUCUCUUGAAUAAAAUCUUCACGUUUUUCUAUAUAUCUGUGAGUUCUCAAAAUGAUGAUUUAAGGUAAAACUUUUUUGGAACAUAGAAAGUAAUCUACGGGUGACAAAUAUGGCCAAUAAAAGGCUAUGAAUAAGGACAGUUACGCAUUUCUUUGCAGUCAAACACUCAAUGAUAAUUAGACCGUGCGUAGAAUGGAUUGUAUUGAUUUUCAUCCUUUAAAUUCAUAAUAGCAGAUAUCGACUGCCUAAUUUCAAAAAAAGAAAAUUUCACUUAAUUUUUUUUUUUUUUUUAAAGUUGGCAAGCGAAACAAGAUAUGUUAUUAGUCACAGCCUUAAUUUUUGUUUAGCCGUUUCUCUGGGAUGAAGAUAUUCAUUUCAUAAAUAUUGCAGGUAUCGUAAAUAACAUACCAAUGUUACUUCACCUUUGAUUAUGAUUUUCUGCAUGUAAAAACAGUAUGUUUACCCAGAAUAAAGAUUUUAUUUUUA